UUUUCGUAUACAGACUUAAAAUUUCGCGAAUCGCGAUUAUUUGAAAUUUGAACCAAAAUACAGACUACGUAACAGUCGUACAGAGUUUUAUUCAUACAUUUUUCAAAUCAUUUGACGAUAGUGUGUGGAUGUCUGAUCAAAAUUCAUAACUUCAAAACGACUAACCAAAUACUUAAUACGAUAUUAUAAUAUACUAUUUGAUCUAACAACAGUAACGUGAGAAUUUGACUACAGAACCAGAAUAUAAUACAGAUAAAUAUAACACAUAUUAACAAAUUAAUAUAAUUUAAAAUACGGGCAAACACGGCUCCGAAAUUUGUCUACUAUCACUGUAGACAGACCAUUAGAACCUCUCAAUCACAAACGUUGAACACUUGGUCAAAACGGAACAUAAUCGGAAGUAUUUGUGUAUGAUACUGCUCUAUGGGCAAUGAUUUAAAUAUUUGUAUAUUUGCCUUUUUAUGAUUUUAUAAGAUAAAAUUACGAAAACGUUUGAUUCAAUUCAAGUACCUCUACGGCACUACUUAUCUGUUGGAACAAGACCCAACACUCGAACUGAAAUAUUGUAGUAUCUAUUUUUGGUACCACAAUUUUUGGAUUUAUUAAUUUGUUUGUUUGCGUUUCAAAUUCUUUGAUCAGUUCAUAAAGGAAUCGUUUUUGUCAUGUCGGCAGAAGAAGUAGAAUCGGAAAUCCAUUUCAUGAAAACUUAUGGUAUAAUGAAAUGGGACGAACUAAUAAUGUUAAAUGAUAAUCGUAAAUCACUCAACAAGAAAAUUGCACUUGGGUUGGCCACCAAAGAGGAAUUGUUGAAGCAAAUAAAAGUCGAAUUAAAUAUGUUGGAUACAUGUCAACUUAAAAUUGAUCAAAAAAUUAAAGAAAAUGACACCGAGUAUAUUAACACUGAAAUACUUACCAUUUUAUCAAAUCGUAUCAAUGAUAUGUACAACAGUAUGUUUCUGCUGUUUCCUGUUGAAAAGACUUCACUAUCAGAAUAUAUUGAGUUCUGCUCAAAUAAUACAUUAUUUAUUACUAAAUGUAGCAACAUGUUGAAUACACUUAUGUUGAGAUACCACAGUGAUCCUGAAGUAUAUAUAAUUGCAGCGACAUAUGAAUUUGAUGAUCGAAAUGAUGUUGAAUCAGCUAGACAAUAUUUCACACAAGGAUUAAAAUAUCACAAAAAUUGUAAAAGCUUAUACAUAGAAGAUUUUUGGGUAGAAGUACAACAUUUAGAGAAGACUGCAGGUGCCUCACUUCCAAUUGCCAUGGAAAAAUAUAAAAGCCUCAUAAAACGUUUUGAAGGUGAUAUCGAAUUUCAUUUUAUAUUACUAGACAGAGCGAUAAAAUUUAAUGCAGUUAGAGAACUGCAAUGUAAUAUUGUCAGAGAUAUGUUCAGAAAGUAUAGACAUAGUGAACUAAUGUGGCAAAAAUUAGCUAAGAUUAAUUUUGAUGGUUUUAUCUAUCAUCGAGAAACUGAGCAAUUAUAUAAUGAUAAAAAUUAUAUUAGUGGUAUAAGAAACUGCAUUAAAACAUAUGAAGACGGAUUAAAAGAAAAUUUACCUUUAAAAAAUAAACAUAAGUUAUGGGACUUUUAUAUUGAUCAUAUUAUAGAAAUUCGGAAAUCUUAUCGGAUGAAAAAAGAAAUAAUAAGAAAUUUUAUGAAUGAAACUAUGGAGCGAGCCUUUGAAGAAGCACACGAUAACAAAGCAUUACAUAAAUCUGAACAUUAUAUUUAUUGGGCUAAAAACACAAAUAUAGACAGUCCUAGAAUUCUGAAAAAAGGAGUUGAAGUUAUAGAAGAUAGUGUAGAACUUUGGAUUACUUUAUUAUUAUAUUAUUUGAGCUACGACAGUCUUGAAAUGUGCAUUGAAGCUUUUCAAGCAGGUGUUCGAACUUUGGCAAGCAAAUCGAUGCCUUUAUGGAGAAUUCUAAUCUUUUAUAUGGGGAACACUCAUCCAAAAUUGCUCCAACAAUUAUAUCAUGAAGGCUCACAUUUUCCAUUCCCAGACAUUAAUUUUGUAAUCAGGCCUGAAUAUUUGGAAUGGAGUGUAGUUCACAAUGGAAUACUUUCAACUCGUGAAUUAUUCAUUGAACUUAGAGACAUACAACCAGAAUGUAAACAGUUGUACACAACCAUGAUUUCAUUUGAACUCACUCAGAACUCAGGUAUUACCAAAUUGAAAACUAUAAGAAAACUGUAUAACGAUGUAUGCAAUACUUUUGGCCAGACUGACAUUGGAGUGUGGUCUGACUGCAUUCGUUUUGAAUACACGUAUGGUUCUCGUCAAUUAGUGAAAGAAAUUUAUAAGGUAUCAUUGCUGUGUUUAGAACCAGAUUUAAGAAAUGGUAUGACGAAAGAGUUUGAAAAACUGAAGGAGGAAUUUAAGGAAGACGAUCCUCAAGAUGGAGGAGUUAUUGUUAUUGAUUAUGACGAAUAAUUUUAUAGUUAGGAAAAAAUUACAUAGAUGUGUAUUUAUUUUAUUUAUAUUCAUAUUCUCAGUAAUUUGUAAAC